CCUAGAGCCAGAAGCUUAAGUGAAAAUGGUACGUGAAACAAGGAGGAAUUCUAAAAUUCAAGAGCGUGAGCAGAAAUCUCGAGUUGAUUGGAAGCGGACUAAAAGAAAUAGUUUCUCACAGUUAUUGGAUAGUGAUGAAGACCUUGAGAGUGAAGACCUUGAGAGUGAGGAAGAGAGUGAUGAAGAGCGUGAUAGUGAUGAAAGUAUUGACAGUGAUGAGGAGCUUGCUAGUAACAAAGGGCUUGAAACUAAUAAAAAGCCAGAAGAUGAAAGUGAGCUUAAGUUAGUUACAGUUGAAAGUGAAGGCAACAACUGUGAGCAUCUCAUUGACACUGGCAACAGUUCAACAAAUGAAGGAGAAAAUGACAAAGGCAAUCAGAGCAGUCCUAUUGAUCUACCAGACCAGGAAAAGCAUUCAAGUCCAGAGGAUGCUGAUCUCAGCAAGCACGCUGAACAGAUAACAGAGGAGGAUUUAGAAGAAGAAAACGUACAGCGGGGGAAGAGAAGAAGAACCUCGGUGAUAAGUGACAGCGAUGAGAGUGGUGACAGCGACGUCCUAAUGAGGAGAGUAGGUGAUAAACGUCCGCGUAGGGUGGUUGAAGAUGAAUGUUCUUCAGCGGAGAUGGAGCAGAUUCAGCCUGAGAAAACUUCCGCUGCAAGAAAGCGAGAACAACUCCAGAAGCUGAAAGAACUCUCAAAACAAAGAUCUCAUCAGAGACGUAAUAGUAGUAGAGAUUUUGAGGACUCUGAAAGGGAAUCCUGCCCAAUCAGUGAUGAAAAUGAUGAAGAUGAGGAGAAUGACGAAGAUGAAGAGGAGGAGGUUGAUGAAUCUGAUGAAGAUGGAGACAAUUACAUUAUUGAUGACUUUGUAGUACCAGAUGAGGAGGAGGAUGAGGAGAAUGAAAGCCAGCGAGGAGAACAAUUGGCUACAUCACAACUGAAAUCUAAUUCACUUUAUUCUUUUAGUGACCCCUACACGCACUUUGAAAGAGUUGUGAAGGCUCUCCUGAUCAAUGCUUUAGAUGAAUCAUUCCUGGGGACAUUAUAUGAUCACACCAGGCAGAAAUCAUAUGCACGAGAAAUGCUGACAUCUCUUGAUUAUUUGGACAAUCACUUUGUUCAGCCUCGUCUGGAGAACUUAUUCUCUAGGAGUCGUUGGAAAGAGCAGUAUAAGGAGCGGGUCGGAAGUUAUUCUGAUGUGAACAUCUCUCCAAAGAAUGCUAAAGACUGUUCCUGCCAGGCUUGCGGGCUUCAUCGCCACUGUGCAUAUUUAGUGAGCUUAUCAGGGAAGCAGUACAACCCCAGGACUAUGAAAACUGAUGAUUUCAUGCCAUGGGACAAGCAGGAAUUUUUUAUUGGCAGAAUUUGUGCUAACCGUACCAGAGUUUAUCAUAAUCUGAAACAUUUUAAAUUCAAACUGUAUCAAGAAUGUUGCUCCAUAGUAAAUACAGAAAAACUUGAGGAUGAAGAAGUUAAAGAAACAGUGGAAAGAAUUUUCAAUCAUUCAAAAGAAAAUGGCUGGAUUAAGAAGAAAUAUGGUCUACUUCAAAGAUAUCUCAAUGAUGCGGAUUACUUUCAAGAUGAGAAGUUUGCAAUGUAACACCUUUUCUUCAGAGAAGAUUUUAUGAAUUCCUAUAGAUGUGAAGAUCAUGAAUAUCGUUUCUCUGUAUCAUGUGACGUAUUUAUAUAUUUUCUGUAUAUCUUCAUGGCAAAGUGUCUUGUUUAAAACAUGUUCAUCUUAAUUUCCAUGAAGUGGUACUCUACAGUCUAAUAAACUUGUAUCUGCUAUGCAUAGAAAACAUAAGCCUAAUCACUUUUAAAUGUAUUUUGAAGUUAAUAACAAUAUCUUUAUAACAGAUGAUUAUCAAUCAAGUGAAUAAAUGUUCAUGUCCUGUCAAUUUAAUAGAAAAAUACUGUAUUUUUAAAAUGUACUUAGACCAACAUCAACAUGUAUGUAUUGCUAAUACCGACAUGUAUAUAUUGCUGAUGAACAUUAACAUGUAUGUAUUGCUGAAUUCCUGCCCAGAUGUGUUUGUUAUCCUAUUGUCACUAAUAUAUUUUUUACUGCUAUCAUGUAAAUCAGGUGGCCAUGGAAUAGACCUUAGUGUUUCACUCAGUUCAAUGCCCUUGCCUCAGAGUCAGACUAUAGUAAUUUUUUCUUUUUCUAAAGUUUCCCUUAGAAAUAAUUUUCAGGCCUCCAGAGUUUUAAUCCUCAUAUUCAGGAAUCAUUUCAUAAUAUGUAUUUUCAUGCUUCGCAAUGUUUUCCUUUUUUCUGUUCAAUUUUGUCUAUGUGUUAAUGAUUAAGAUGUAUUUUAUUGCUUUUUGACAAUAAUUUUAUAAUAUAACUAUUUCUGUUAGGAUCAGAAGAUCUCAGAGAGAUACAUUCAGCCAAGUAUAUUUUAAAAGUAUACUUUGGCAUCUGCAUUGCUUUGCACAUCUAAAUUUAUCCAUAAUUUAAUAAAAGUAAAAUGGCUUCAGAGUGAA